UUAUGUUUUUAUUUCCCUUGAAUCCACCAUUUGGUUUAAUUUUCUUCUCUUGGUCCAACCCAAAAUGGACAGAGAAGAGCUUUGUGAAAGUCUUAUAACUUGGAUGCAAACAUUUGAGAUAUCUGUACCGGUCCAUACCGUGGAGGAUUUAAGUGAUGGAGUGGCCAUGGCACAAGUCCUCAAUCAAAUAGUCCCAGACUAUUUCAAUGAGGGAUGGAUGUCAAAAAUUAGAUUGGAUGAAGUCACUAACUGGAGACUAAAGGUCAGCAACUUAAAGAAGAUAUUGAAUGGCAUAUUGGAAUAUAAUAUGGAGGUUUUGGGAAUCCAUAUUCAGAAUUUUCAAAUGCCAGAUGUUAGUCGUAUUGGUGAACGAAGUGAUGUGGCAGAGCUUGGUCGACUUCUGCAGUUGAUUCUGGGCUGUGCCGUGAACUGUGCUAACAAGGAGGAAUAUAUCGGGAGAAUCAUGUCAAUGGAAGAGUCAGUGCAACACGUGGUUAUGAAUGCCAUACAAGAGUUGAUGACGAAGGAGAUGAGUGCAAAUAUAGAGGGAGACACAGAGUUAGGCGAUCAGUUAAAGCGUGCAGUUGAUGACCUAAAUAGUGCCUUAGAAGCAAAGGAAGAGUUGACACAGCGAUGCCAUGAACUUGAUCAACAGGUGGCAGCACUUCUAGAGGAAAAGCAAGUGUAUGCAGCAGAGAAUGAUAGACUACAAGAACGCAUCAACCAGUCAGAAAACUUCGAUGAUUCAAGCACCCCUGCUGGAAAAAGAUUUCUACAACUUCAGCAGCAAGUGGAUGCCUUACAGGAAGAAAACUUCAAACUGGAGACCUCCAAAGAUGACAUAAGAAUUAAAUUUGAUGUCCUGUCCAAAGAAUGUACAGAUUUAAAGCAAAAGAAUGCGGAGUUAACAAAAGAGGUGAACGAUGCCCGAACACUGAAGGACGAGGUGGAUGUACUCAGACACACCUCAGAACAAGUGACAAAAUAUGAGGGGAUGAUCGAUUCUUACAAGAAGAAGAUAGAGGAGCUGAGUGAUUUAAGGGGUCAGGUCAAACUUCUGGAAGAAAAAAAUACCAAGUAUAUGCAGGAUCAUCUAGACAUGGAAGAGGAACUACGGAAAUCCAGCACAGUAAAACAGCAGCUAGAGAUGUACAAGAGGCAGGUUCAUGAACUCCAGAGCAAAAUGUCGGAGGAAACAAAACGAGCAGACAAAGCUGACUUUGAGUGCAAGAGGGCCCAGGAGAAACUGGUGGCACUACAAAGGGAAAAAGAGAGAAUUGCAACAGAACGGGAUUCUCUGAAGGAGAUGAAUGAGGAACUGAAGUGUUCUCAGCUUCAGAGUGUGGAAAGUGGAGAGCCAUCAGACCUCACACAGACACCCAGAGUGGAGAUGUUGUCCCUCCCCCCAGAAAUCAAAGAAAAGAUACUGAGGUUGGAGCAUGAGAACAAAAUGUUGAGGCUUAAGGGGUCAGGUUCGGAGGAGGAAGGCUCCCAGGUGUUGCAGUCCAUGUUGGAUGAUGCCAAUAGUCGCAAGAAUGAGCUGGAAACGGAACUUAGAAUUUCAAAUCAAAGAAUAAUGGAAUUGGAGGCUCAGGUAGAGGAUAUUCAUGAAAAUCAGAACACAGUGACUAGUGAGGAGGUGGUGGAGGUCAAGAGGAAGUUAAAUGAGCAGAUUCAAAGGACUCAGGAAAAAGACAGUGCCUUGUCUAAAACCAAAGAGCUACAGGAGGAGCUGGAGAAGAAAUACACUGCCCAGUCUCAGACCGUGCAGCAGUUACAGGACUUGUUAAACAAGAAGGACAAUGAGAUGAAGCUGAUGGAGGCACGAUACAGCAAAUACUUAGACAAGGCUAGAGCGGUGUUUAAAGCUAUUGACCCUAAACAAAACAGCAGCACAUCAGCUGAGGUUCAAGCCCUGAAAAACCAGCUGCAUGAGAAGGAGAAAUACAUAGCUCAAAUUGAGAAAGAGAAUGAAAAGUCAAAGAGUAUACGAGAUCAGGAAGAAAAGUACAUUGUAUCAGCCUGGUAUAAUAUUGGCAUGCAGUUGAAUCGUCAAGCAGCUGAAGAACGUCUAAACACCCAAGGACAGUCUUUUCUUGCCAAACAACGACAAGUGCGCACCAGCCAUCGAACUCAAACCAUUCCAAACUCAAACUCACAGAGUGACUUUCUGGAGUAUUCAGUGUGAAAAUAAUUUGGUUUGUGAUUUUUUGUAAAGAGAACUUACAAAAUUAUGAAAGAUGAAUGGAACCCCAUUCUGUCACUGAAAAUGAAGGGGACAAAAUUUCAUGAUAGAUUUUUUUGAAGGAUGUAGGUGGGAGUGUAUGCAAGCAAGGUUGUAGACUCCAUACAGGGGAUGACAUGUAUAAUCUCUUGUCUAGUUCAGCUGUAAAAAUUCUUAUUUUUAACUUGACUGUGAUUAAAGUUUCUGAAACUUCCUUAAUAUUAUAUGUACAGCACUGGGUUCAUAUGAGAAGUACUCGGGGUGUAGAUUAAGAUAUUUCUUUCUUCCCCAUUGUAACCCACCAUUUUGUCUUAUGGGUAGGUAGGUAGGUAGGAAAAAUAUGAAAACUUUGAGGUUGAAAAUACAGUAAAACUCUGAUAUAGCGAAUUUCUGGGGACCAUCUAUAAAAAUUCGCUAUAAGCGUAAUUCGCUAUACGUUUAUAGCGAAUUCAUAAUUCAAAUACAACAAAUUCGUUAUAAAACUGAUUUGUUCUACAUGUAUACCAGUUAUAUAAGAAAGCAGCAAUCGAUAUACUUGCGUUUGUAUCGUCUUUAAAAGAAAUGAAGCCUAUAUAUUUUCGAGAAGAAAUAUUUUUAUACAAGAAAUAUACACAUUGAUUUAUAUAUGAUAAUUUAUCUUGAUGGAUUAUUAAGUCAUGCAAGAACAUGUCGAGAGAGAAAUUUCAACAAAAUUUUGCGCAAUACAUACAUGCACAGUUUAUUGCAAUUGUCAUUUACUUGUUGCUUUACACAAAUAAAGGAGUGUACGAUAAAAUAAAUGCAAUCAAACACCAAAUUUAAUUAAGGAGAAUAUUAAACAAUACCGACAAUAUAUUUCUUAAACGUAUGUGUAAGUAUUGUUUUGCGUUAACAACCUUUUUUGAAAAUACAAACAGAACUUUUGUAAUAAGUGUGGAUCCUUUAUGUCAAUGGAAAACGAUUGUUAAAAAUCAGAAAGAGUUUAAAAUGAAAAAAAAUAAAUUCGUUAUAAAAGGUUAUUUUUAUGUUCAUUUUUAAUUCAGGGGGAAUAGGAAUUUACUUCGUUAUAUCCGUAAAUUCGCCAUAUCCGUGUUCGUUAUAGACGCAAAUUUUUAUAUAGAAUAUAUAAAGAAUUUGCCGGGGGAAUCAUUUUCACUUCGCUAUAGCCGUAAUUUCGCUAUAUCCGUGUUCGCUAUAUUCGAGUUUUACUGUAGUGGUAUUCAAUGUCAAUGUGAAUUACUUCAGACAGAGCAUCAAAAAGCGAAGGAACAAAAUUUUAUUUGAAAAUUUGCAAUUGAAUGUGUUUACGAUUUUGUUGAAAGAAUGUUACACUUGCCGAUUUGGCAACACUGAAUCUUAGUGAAAAGAUUCAAGUUUAACACAAAAUUAAAGCGGGCAACACAUGUAGAAAAUGCCAUGACACAGUUGUCUUUAAUACAAGAAGUUGUAUGCUGCCUUUGUAAAAUUUUCCAUUUUGGUAGGAGAUAUGAACUGUAGUAUUUAUGUAUUUAUUUUCAAAGAGUAUUACUGUCACUUAAGACUGUGAUUUUUGGGGAUGGUGUAAUAUAUGUAGCCUAACUUUGUGAUCUAAAUGUAGGUGUAAUGGAGAGGAUGUGAUAUGUUUUAUUACAAGUAAACAUGAUUGUUCAAUA